CACAGUGGAAAGAGGAUGAAGUUGACCAGUGAAAAGUUGCCCAAGAGUCCCUACUAUGCUUCAUUAUCUCAGCAUACUGCUAAGAACCAAAAACUCUUCCAGUGGAAAAAGGAAAAUACUGAUCGUUACAGUCAUGCUAGUUUGGUGGAUAAGGCGUUGCAGCUCUUGAAGGAAAGAAUAAAAAGAGGGGAUGCUAUGGCAUAUUUUCUACGAGGUCAAUUAUAUUUUGAAGAGGGAUGGUAUGAAGAAGCAUUAGAACAGUUUGAAGAAAUCAAGGGAAGUGAUCAUCAAGCAAUUUACCAGCUAGGAGUAAUGUAUUAUGAUGGGCUGGGCACAACUACAUACGCUGAAAAAGGAGUGGAAUAUAUGAAGAAAAUUAUUGAAUCUCCAUGUCCCAAAGCAAGACACUUACACUUUGCGGCUGCUUACAACCUUGGAAGAGCUUAUUAUGAAGGGAAAGGCGUCGAUCGAUCAGAAGAGGAAGCAGAAAGACUGUGGCUUUUUGCUGCAGACAACGGAAAUCCAAAAGCAAGUGUGAAGGCUCAAAGCAUCCUGGGAUUGUAUUAUUCCACGAAGGAGCCUAAAGAGUUACAAAAGGCUUUUUACUGGCAUUCAGAAGCGUGUGGCAAUGGAAAUUUGGAGUCCCAGGGUGCGCUGGGGCUCAUGUACCUGUAUGGACAAGGCACCCACCAGGAUACCGACGCUGCACUGCACUGCUUAAGGGAAGCAGCAGAACGUGGAAAUGUCUAUGCUCAAGGGACUCUCGUGGAGUAUUACUAUAAGAUGAAAUUUUUUACGAAGUGCGUUGCAUUUUCCAAAAGGAUUGCUGACUAUGAUGAGGUUCACGAUAUUCCUAUGAUAGCCAAGGUCACGGACUGUCUCCCCGAAUUCAUCACCAGAGGCAUGGCCAUUGCAUCAUUCUACCAUGCAAGAUGUCUUCAGCUUGGUUUGGGUGCUACAAAGGAUGAAGCCACAGCCAAACUCUAUUAUUCUAAAGCCUGUCGUCUGAAUCCUGCAUUGGCAGAUGAACUUCACUCUUUACUCAUUCACCAAAGAAUUUAGACCAUGAUGUAUUUCAACAAAGAUCAUCAAUCCUAAAACCCUAGAAUGUGUUUAUUUUAUAGAAGAUGUGUUUGGCUAUUUUCUGGUAUAACUUACCCUGGGAAUUUUUCCGAUGACAUACCUUCACUCUUGAAUUUGUAUACUGUAGUUUUCCAGCUUGUAACCAAGGAUCAGCUCAAAUUGUCAGAAGAGUCCUCAGAUAUCCUACUCUGAGCCAAGACCACUUCAAAUUUUCAAAACCACUCCAAAAAUCAAGUACUUUUUACCUUUCUUAAAUACAAAAUGGCCCAAAUACUUUGUGUUUUAGUUUAAUAGCUUUAGAAAUACAACUGCUAUAAGCUUACUUUAAAUUUGAAAAUUUAAUUCUUUAAAUUUCUUUGAUUUUUUUUAUGUUGUGAAUAAAGAAUA